GAGUCUUUAUGCAAAGGUAAACUUUAUCAAAGAAUAAAAAAUGUUGUCUUAAAUGUGAAAGAAGCUAGGAUUUCUCUUGCUGUGAAUGCCUGCUGGCUUUACAAAAGUUAUGGAAGACGCAGAAAUUCAAGAGAAAAUAAAUUAUGAAGUGAAGAUGAGAGAGGGAACAGUGAAGUUAUUAGAGGCUUGUCAUGAACAGUCUCAAGCUUUGGAGGGAGCAAAGAAUUUACUUACAAUCAAUGCAAGGAUUAUUGCUCUCAUGUCUUUGCUGCAGAGAAACAGAAAACAAACCAUGAAUUCUAAAACGAGGCCAAAUAUUUCCAAGAUACACAGUGGUGAGAAAUUACUCAUUCCAUGUCAGGGAAAAGUCUCAAUUUCAGACAUUCGUGUUCCUUUAAUGUGGAAUGAAGAAGAACAUUUUAGAGCUAAAGAAAGCAUUUCAGUCGAAUAUAUUCACGUGUUUUGCAUUCUGAAACUUGGUGGGCAAGUUGCUGAGACAGGCUUAGUGGAAGUUGAUCAGUCAUCAACAGAUGUAACACUUGAUGAUGUUGUUGCAUUUGAUAAUGUGGAUCCUGAUUUCAAAUUAAAUAUAGAGAUUUACUACACAACAACAUCAACCAAUGAUCUCCAUUCUGGUCAUAAGAAACAUGUUCAUAGAAGCAACUCUGAUGGUAGCUAUGGACCUAAGUAUGUUUUAGCUGGUCAUGCAUCUCUUGGGGUUGAUGAUGUUGAUGAUUCAAUUAAAAUACAUGAUAUUAAGAAAGGAGCAGUCGGUGCAAGUCCUACAGCAUCAGCAGUAACAGCUGAUGAUUCACAUACAGCUAACCUUCCAUUGUGGAGUCAGUUUUGCUGUCGACUGGCUGCUGUUCCACAAUCAAAUGAAUCCGAUGUAACUGAAGGUGUUCUCUUCCUGCAGAGUAUGACCCAUCGCAAACCAUCAUGGACAAGAUACUGGUGUCGGCUACGAAAAGCUGAAAUGGAGUUCUGGGAUUGUGGUGAAGAUGCAAAAGAGGGCAAAGCAAAACAUGUCAUUAACUUAAACAAGGGGAUGGAAGUGGAUGUACAUCUUCAAGGUAAUUGUGAAUAUGAUCACAUCAUAAUACUCACGUGUUCAGACGAUGAAAAAGAACCGGUAUUUGCCUGUGAAUGUGAGCAAGAUUUCGUGAGAUGGAAGAAAGAUUUGCGCCAAUCUUUGGUCGACCUUAGAGCCUGGAAACAAGCCUAUGAAUGUGACAUUACUUUAACUGAUCCAACACCAAAAAAAUUGCCCGUGUUUUCAAGAAUAUCAUUGUACGAUCAGAUUGAUGUGGAGAUAAUGGUCGAAGAUGAUAUUGAUGAAGACAUCACUCGCUCGAUUUUUGAACGUAACGUUAAAAAAAAUGGUUCAACGAGUUCUGAAUCUCCACGAAGCCGAAAAUCUUCAGAACAUUUGGACGAGGUUGAACGAAGAUUAAGAGCAAGUUCUAAGGAUUCCACGGACUCGCACCUUCAACUGUCGCCUAAAUGCAUUGAAGAAGUACAUUAUGAAACGACAAUAUAAGAAAUAGGUGGAGUAACGAUCUUUUAAACAAUUAUCAUUCGUUCGCACUGAGAUGUGAUAUCGCGUGAUAAGUUUAAUGAAAGCUACAGUAAGAUCUCGGUAGAUGCCACUCCUUUCUACAGAGAGACAGAUCGGCCUGUAUACAUUUGAUUCAGAUAUUCAAUUUUAGUAAGUUUUGGUACCUUAAGGCCUUCUGGUUAGAGUGGCUCAAAAUUUUUUUGUCUGCCAGGGGGUGUUUACUAAGAACAGGUAAAACUGCUUCACAUUCCGCCGUGUAGCCUCUCUAACUUUUUUUGCUGUUUUAGCCUGUGAUUAAAGAUUGUGAAUGGUAUAUUUGUUUUCAUAGGAAGAAAGAUACUAUUUAGCUUUCAAGAAAUACUUUUUCUCCUUUCAUAUAUUGCUGAAAUUAACCCAAUUCAUUUUCCAAACCACAUUCAUUCACUCGUACUGAAUUACGUACUUUUUGCAUUAAUUUGAACAAAUUUGAUUUGGUUCACUGAUUUGUUUUGGGAAGAAUUCGAUUAUUUUUUCUUUUACAAAAUAAAGUCUCUAUAACCAAUAGGGUGUUAUGAAUUUAAAAUUAGGCCGUGUAAUUUAUUCUGCACGCCCCAAAAUCCGCCACUGGGAAAGGAGAUUUUCUGUACUGCUGCUAAACCCUGGGCCACUGGUAUCAACUGCACUAAUUUUCCUGGGGAUACCAUUGCUAGAAAACAAAAUGUAAAUAAUAUAUUUCAGAACUAUUUUAUGGGAAGAGUGCAAGUGAAGAAUUGUCAGUUUUCAGAUUUAAAAUAUAUUGGAACCAAAGAUGA